AUGCUAUUUCCUACCUAUUCUAUAUUUGGUCGUCAUCAUUUUAUUCGUAAAGAUGAAAAUAGUGAAUUUAAAAUUGAUAGUAUUGGUGAAAAAGAAAAAGAAAAAGAACGAUUAUUAAAAGAUUUGAGUGCAGGACAUCGUUGGUACAAUUAUUUUAUUGAAGAAAAAUUGAUUCCUAAUCAAUUAAAUUUUAUUUUUCGUGAAUUUAUGGAACAUGGAUGUUAUCCGUUCAGUAUUAAUCAACUGUUUAAUGAAGAAGCUACGCUACGUUUAAGUAUAAACACAUCAGAAAAACAGCAAUUACUUCGAAUACAAGAAGAUCGAAAUCAUCGAAAGAAGUCUAAUUGGACUUCUGAUUCGAUUCCUCAUUUGAGUGCUAUUAUGAAUGAUAAUGUUGUAAGUAGUUUAUCUCGUAUUCACUUUCAAGGAUUUUUGGUAGAUUUUAUCAUAUCUGUCGAAUUACCGAUUGAAUUGAUAAAACCUGGACAGACAAAUAUAAAAAAACCAAUCUUAUCUCAAGAUAAACCAGAUGAGUGUUCGAUUUCAUGUUUCAAUUCAGAGUUGUCUAUGAAUUUUCUUAAAACAAAAUGUUGGUUUGAAGUUAAGGUUAAAACUUAUUUCGGUCAAUUUAAUGUACAAGUAGUAAUUAUUGCUAAUUUCGAUGCAACAAUACCCUCAGUUUAUCAACUUGAUCCAAUAUCAACUAUAUUUCGAGCUUUUGUUGAAUUCAUAUUGGAUGCAAAUUCUUUUGAACAGAUUGAUUCAUCAUUGACUCAUUGCUUUUCUUCAUUUCUCAGCACACUUGAGAGAAUCGAUUCAAACAAAUUCGAUACAUUACUAGCUCGAUAUUUUGCUGAAAUGCAAUCUCGUAAUUUAUCUACUGAAACUUACAAAGAAAUACAAAAUUUACCUUUACCGAAAAGAAGCGAUAAAUUGGAAACGUACUUUAAACCAAGGUUGGCUUCAUUAAAACAAAUAACUGAAGAAAAUAAAAAUUCUGAAAAAGGAGAACAUGCUUUGUAUAUAUAUAAUGCUCUAAAGUACGAAAUUGAUGGUCAAAAUAAACAAUCAUCAAUCAAUAACAACAAUUCGACUGUAGAGUAUAAGUUAGUACCUUUAUAUUUAAAAUUUAGUCAGCUUCAGAACUAUUUGAAUAUCUUACAUAAAGAUCCUGGAAUUGAUAGUGUUAGAGAAAAUCUUAAAGUUUUAAUGGCAUCCAUUUUCUAUGUUAUGAUUAAACUAAGACGAUUAGAAUCUAUCGAACUUAUUCCAGUCAUUGAAAAACUAAAUGUAGAUUUGCUAGAAUGCUGCAUAUUAUUAAGAAUUGCAGAUAUUCUAGAUGUGAAAGAUUGGGCAGUAGGAGUUGUUAUGGGUCUUUGUGCCAUGAAGACUACCGUACAUUGUGUUGUACCUGAUUACAGAAUAUGUAUACAAUCAUUAUUAAAAGUUGCUGUUGCACUAUUAAAAUCAACCGGUGAAGACAUCGACAAAGAUACAAGUGAAUGGAAUAUAUUAAAUCGAAUAGCCGAAUGUCAAUGCGUUUGGGAUAAAGUCAUUGAAAAACAACCAUUAAAACGUAUUCCUCGUGAAAAUCGAUGUCAUAUCAUCGAUGUUAUUGAAAUUUGUUGUCAAUUGUGUAACAUGAGAGAAAUAUUAGCUCAAAAACCACCAAAAGUUGUCAUAACAGGUCUAUCACAAACAGGAAAAUCAACAUUAUUUCAAUAUCUUACAGGACGAGAAUUAAGAGAAAUUCGCGAUAUUAGUAAUUUCAAUACUCGAAUAUCAGUUCAAUCUCAAGCUUUUAUUAAACUAAACGAUAAAACAAAUGAUAACACUAUUAGUGAUGAUUCAGUACUACCAAUUGAUCUUGUUGAUAGUCCUGGAUAUGAUGAUGCAACUGAACAAGCUGACAAUUUAUUAGGUAUGUCUUUCAAUGGGGCUAAUCUAUGUAUCGUAGUUACAACAUUAACAAAUAUUAAUCAAAUACAUACAAUAUCAUUAUUAAAUAAAAUUUUAAAUUCUACAAAAGUCAAAAUAUUAGUUUUAAUUAAUCAAGUUGAUAUUCGAUUAAUGAAAAAAUGGGAAGAAGUUAAAAGGCAAUCAUCUUACAAAAAGAAAGAUAGUGAUGAAGAUUCAGAUAUCGAUGAAACAAACCAAGAAUUCAAUCGAUGUCAGAUAUUAGAUCAAAUGAUAGAACGUCCUCGAAAAGAAUUAAUUCAAGGAUUAACGAUUGCUGCAGAAGUAAUCAAAACUCGUGUAACAUUUCAAACAGUUAUUUUAAAAGGUUUUAAUGACUUUGACAAGAAACUUAUUAAAUAUAAUAAUCAAUAUAAAUAUGAUGGCUUUCGUGAUAAAGUACACAAAUCAAAUGUUCAAAAAUGGAUUAAACAGAAUCUAAUUAACUUGAUAAGUUCUCAUCAAUCUUCAUAA